CUCAUCCUCAUUCAACGCCUCAUGUUCCCCGGGCAACUUUACAAGACCGAGUCUGGACGUUUGUUCCACGCAGGGGCCAUUGCCAUCAUCUUUGUGGGUCUACCAGCGCGUGGAAAAACACAUGUGUCGCGGUCGCUCAGUCGGUACCUGCGAUGGCUCGGUCUUCAGACAAAGGUCUUCAGCGUGGGCAAUUACCGUCGCCAGAUUAUUGGUGUUGAGGUUACCAACGACUUUUUUAGUCCAGUCAAUGCGGCUACGGCGGAUCUGAGGCUGAAGAUAGCAAACGCAUGUCUUGACGAUAUGGUCCAAUGGUUCGCAAGUGGUGGCCAGGUCGGCAUUUUGGACGGCAGUAACACAACAGAGGAAAGACGUCAGGAGUUGAUAGACAGAUUGAAGGCCGUGAAUGUCAAUUACAUGUUCAUUGAGUCCAUCUGUGACAACCCCCAAAUCAUUGACGCCAACAUCCGCAGUGUCAAAUUGUCCUCGCCAGACUACGUAGGAUGGAAGUCUGCAGAUGCUGUCAAUGAUUUUAAACGCAGAAUUGAGAACCACGUUCCAUCCUACAAGACUAUUGCGGACCUCAAUCUGAGCUUUGUAAAGCUGAUCAACGUCGGGGAGAAGAUCAUUGUCAAUAACGUGCAGGGGUUUUUACAGAGCAAGAUUGUUUACUAUCUUAUGAAUUUACAUAUCUCCCCUCGAAAGAUUUAUUUUGCCAGGAAUGGCGUAUCGUUAAACGAACAGUCGUACAAAGCGGAUGCGCCUUUGGCGCCAGCAGGCCACCGGUACGCCGAGAAUCUCAAAAACUUUCUCUUGACGCUCCGCGACACGCAGGCGCAGGCCUUACAACAGGCUGGUUUUAUUGAGACACCGAGGCAGUUAACUGUUUGGACAUCCUCCAGAAAGAGGAGCUUUCAGACUGCAGCGCAUUUUCUGGACCACGAGGAGAUAAUUGUCAGGCAACGAAGCGUGCUCUCGGAGAGAAAUCCAGGCGUGUGUGACCAAAUGACAGCCGAGGAAGUCGCGAAAAAGUAUCCAGAUGAGUGCAUGAGGGCUAAGAAUGACCCUUACCGACACCGAUUCCCCCGUGCUGAGGUAACAUGACUGCGUAUUGUUUCUUGCCGGAAUCACCAUUUGGAUUGUGGUGUAUAGGUCGAAAGACUGACAAACUACCACUCCUUUGUACCUUAGUCCUAUUACGACUUGGCAAACAGGUUAGAAAAAGUGAUCCUGGAACUCGAGA